AUGCCACCCGUAAAGCGCAAGCUAUCUGCCGUUAUGGAAACCAGUAAGGACGAGCACCCGGAAGUGCCAAGAGCACCACAGAGGUCUACGGCUUCGUGGAUUGUAUGCGGUGAUGCAGUCCCACUCGAGACGUGUCCAUACGAGUGCGCAACUCAGCACACAAGCACCGGUCGUGCAUGCGGAGAGUGCUGGGAGCUACACAUUAGCACACAGGUCAAGGAGAAACCGGGUCGCGCCAUCAGCUGCAUGCUCUGCCCCAGCUUGAUGUCCGACAAGUCACUUAAGAGGCUGGCCAGAGUUACCACACGCGCAAUGUACACGAUCCAGUUCGGCUACCCUUCACUAGCACAGCGCGAGAAUUACCGCAAGUCGAUGCUCAUGAACGGCCACUUCCAAUGCCAAGACCGCUGUAAGGGUGUCGAUACUACCUUUCAACCGUACCAUCGGGAGCAGGACGGCCGUGUUUUUGCGUGCAAGGACUGCGGCUUGCAUACCUGCGUUGAUUGUGAUCAUCCUGAGCAUUCGGGGGAGACCUGCAUCGGAUACUGA